AUGAAUGCUCUGGUUUUAUCGAAUGAUUCUCUAGACAAUGACGUGGACUCGGCCAAGGUGCUUUGGACAAACGGCGUGCCCAUCACGCUGGUGGAGACACUGCCCGUGAAAAGGGUUGCAACCACCAGUGAGAGUCUGUUCGACGCUAAGCCGUAUUAUGUGCCACACGGGUUAAGCAGAACCUACAUGAACCGGGUGACCAAACUGGCUGAGGAUAUUGUAAGCACUGUAGUGUCUGACGCCGAGUGGGUCGCCAAUGACCGCUGGAAGUCGUGCAAGGCUGAAAGGCUAAAGUUCAAAGACUCAUUCGUCCACAACGCGGCCUCGUUUGUCAAACAGUGCAGGGAUAAGGUACAGUUGCCGAAAUCAUCAAAAUCUUGCAGUCCGGCUACAUUGUACCUUUUCAACGUGUUCCGUAAAAAAUCGUUCAACGAUAGAAUAGUUAUGGAUAAAAUUGCAGAACACAUUAAAUACGAAUGGAAACUAGACCCCAAGUAUUUAUACACCAUCGAUAAGACCAAAGUCGCGACCGAGGGUCUUCUCACAAAGCAUUGUUACAAGGCAGAGUUUUCGGUACCAACGAAAGAGUACCCAGUUCCACAGUUAACGGUAUCGGUUUUCUUUACGGUGGAAACCUCGGCUACACAUUCAAGGAACGAGCCAAUAUUUAUAGAGUAUUCGUUCGAAACGGAAAUGCGAGUAUACGUGCUGGGCAAGGAUUGGUUUCGAAGACGUCGUUUCGAGCAGCUGUUUGAACGCAAAUUGACCAUAUACAAAGACAUCAAUAGGUAUGUCGGAUGGUACAAUGCUUCGACAAGAUUUUCAAAAAACUAGUGUGGCAAAUAGUUUAAUAAAAUAAUUUUAUUUUUGAACUAACUUUCA